AUGGCUUCUCCUGUAAAGAUGCCGCCUACGACGAGCGAGCAGUUGCAGCAGCUCAACAAUGCUCGGAAGAUGGCUUUCGAAAGCCCUGCCUAUUUCAAACAGAUCAUUACGGGUAUUUUCCCCCUCACGUCCAUGUCUGCUCCCGUCGAGCUGCGCAGAUGGGCCGCCGAGUUUAUCGCAGAAGCGCUCGCUUGUCCGGCUUUGAGGACGCAAGAAAAGGACGACUUGACUAUAACCGUAAUAGACGGGGGCGCGCUGCGGGCACUAGUGGAAGAUCCUAAACAGGACCCUUUGGUACUCAAGGCUGGUAUUAUGGCGGCGGCGAGUGCGUAUCCAGUUGUCGUGAGAUGGAUUGUUUCCAACGCCUAUCACCCCGAGACCUGGAUGACUAUGACAGCGAUAAAGUCGAGGAUAUUUUCAGUAUGGGACGGCGCUCCCACGCCGGUCAAGCUAUGCUGUAUCAAGUUCGUUCAACGAGUUAUCCUUGCCCAGACGGCGUCAAACGGCACGGAACCGAAGCAUUCUGGCUUGGAUGUCAACCUGAACAUGAUUACUCCUAACCAAAAUCUCCUGGACCCUCGGUCUCUCGAGCCUGAGGCCAUUGGCCUCCUUGACAGAAUGCUUGGUGGUCUUCAGGAUAAUAACAGUGAUGUUCUCAUUGUGGAUGCCACUCUCAAUACUUUGUCCAUUCUUGUCCGCACUCGCCCUGCCACCUCCAGCCGUAUCAUCAAUGCGGUUCUCAACUUCAACCCUCUGAAACUGGCCAACUCGCCGAUGACCCCGAAGAACAAGGUCAUUAUUAAGUCGAUGAUGAAGACCACCUUGAUGCUCUUGGGCAAUAUCCUUAGGAGGGAUCCAGACAACCCGUUGGCUUCGCGAAUCUCUUCACAGCAUCAGAGACUCAUGCGUGCCCGAGAUGAGAUCUUUAACGAAGCGAACCGCAAGCGGGCUCUUCCCGAGCAGACUGCUGCAGGUUAUGGUGAUGCGAAGAGGCAAAAGACGGAGGCAGCCGCCGCACCCCAACCUCCGCUUCGCAUCCAACCACUUGCUCCAGGGCCACACACUCUGGCUGAAGUGUUCAGUCUCACCAACAACCCAGGCUUGCACGGCUUUGAUGUGACUGUAGUGCCUGCCCCGUUAACUGCUAGAAUCAAUGUCAGGACGCUGGCGUCCCUCGACCAAGGGCAGCUUGAUCUGGCCAUCAACGGAGUCCGUGAUCGAAUAACUGCUCUGUAUGCUGCGGCACCUGCCGUGCCACCAGUCCCGGUACUGGUCCCAGGAACGGCGACAGCGCAACUAGCCCCGGCUAAUUCCGACCCGGCUGCUUUGGGUCUCGUGGAUGAUGACGAUGACUACGAGCCCGACCUCUAUACUGCUGCCGAAGAUACCGAGCAAAUACUCAACAAGCUCGAUAACGCGCCCCCGGAGGCACCACCCGAACAGCCCGCUGAGCCCUUGGCUCUCGGCCCGUUCAGGCUCCCGCCCCCGCCUGUUCUCAAUCCCGACACUGCUGCCAAAGUCAGCCAGAUCACCGCCAUGCGCAUAUUUGGGCCUCUCGCAGGUCUUGAGGACCCUCUUGUCCGCAAACCUAAGGCCGGCCUUAACCGACUAGCUGCCAACUCGCAUGAUCGCGACUCAUGGCUUACACUGAUCACGCGCCUUGCAACCCGCAGCACCAUGGGCCUGGAGGACGAUAUCAAGACCGAGACCGACGCUACCGCUCUUGGCCGCCCCCAGAUGAGCCUGGGCAACUUGAUUCGCGAAAUGCUCUUCAACUACGUUCUCGAGGACUGGCGGCGCCGCAUCGAGGUUGCCGUGGCAUGGUGCUGCGAGGAGUGGUACAAUGACCAACUAGCCAAGCGUGCGGAACUCGAAGCGCCGCUGAAUUAUGAGCGGUGCGCGUUGCGUCUGAUGGAUGGCUUCCUCAGUUAUAUCACUGCCCAAGACAAGGUUCUUAUACGUUUCUUGGCGGAGAUUCCCCAGCUCAGCAAGGAGCUUCUCGGUCGCCUCAAGGGUCUUUGCAGCGAUCCAUCUACAGUGAAGCUUGCUAUGACCAGUCUUUUGUACUUGGUGAUGAUGAAACCGCCCGCGAAGGAGCUUGCUUUGGAUACCGUGUACGAGAUUUGGCUCGAGUAUGAGGAUGCUCGCGGUCUGGCAGAGAAAUACCUUCGCACGUAUCGGCCUGGAUUCGCAGGUGCCCAGGCUGCCGCGGACGGUGCCUCUAGUGGUAAUGGUUCGCAGGCAAUGACUGCAUGA